CUCGUGGCGAACGGUUCUCUCGCUCUGAAAGAAGGAGGGGCAUGCGCGCUAACACGUCGUUACCGAAGCCACCGUGUGAUAGAGACGAGAGAAGUUCACGGAAAAGGGAUGAGCGGCUCGAUGUAGCGGAUUAUCGCUUGUCAAAGGUUGCGAGGCUCUGAAAGUUGUGUUAAAAGUUUCACGAGUAGCGUGUUGCUUUGAGGAUUUUAACUUUUGAACACGAAGACGCGACUCACGAGUCAUCGGGCAGUGCGUGUUUAUAUUCCUGUUAGAUAGCUACUGACAUGAAACAAGCCGACAAAUCGCGGUUUAGGCAAAUGUAAACAAAUUUAUUGCGAUGCGCUAUCGCUCCAGUUUGGUGUAGUCGAUUUGAUUUGUGUAGCCUAUUCGUGGGAAUUCAACACGGCGUUUUAAAGUUUUGCAUCAGUUUAUUUUUAACGCGUUAUUAUGGCUGAACACGAAAGUUUGGAGUUCGGCAAAGCGGACUUUGUUCUUUUGGACAAUGUGUCUUUGGAGGAGUUUAUGGCCAACCUGAAACUCAGGUUUGAAAAGGGUCGCAUCUACUCAUACAUUGGCGAGGUGGUGGUAUCGGUUAACCCUUACCGUGCCAUGAACAUUUACGGACGGGAUACCAUCGAGCAGUACAAAGGCAGAGAGCUGUACGAGCGCCCGCCGCAUCUCUUCGCCAUCGCCGAUGCUGCAUACAAAGCCAUGAAGCGGAGGAACAAAGACACUUGCAUUGUUAUCUCAGGGGAGAGCGGUGCUGGAAAAACAGAAGCUAGUAAAUACAUUAUGCAAUAUAUUGCUGCUAUCACCAAUCCCAGCCAAAGAGCAGAGGUGGAGAGGGUGAAAAACAUGCUGCUAAAAUCCAACUGUGUCCUGGAGGCUUUUGGGAACGCCAAGACCAACCGCAAUGAUAACUCCAGCCGAUUUGGCAAAUACAUGGAUAUCAACUUUGAUUUUAAAGGAGACCCCAUUGGCGGCCAUAUCAACAACUACCUGCUUGAGAAGUCCCGAGUCAUCUUCCAGCAGGAAGGAGAGAGAAGUUUUCACUCUUUCUACCAGCUGGUAAAAGGAGCUCCGGACACUCUGCUGCGGUCACUGCACGUUCAAAAAGAUCCCACAGCGUACAACUACAUAAAAGUCGGAGGCCAUAUAAGGUCAUCUAUAAAUGACAAUGCUGAUUUUAAAGCUGUCGCUGAUGCCAUGAAGGUGAUCGGCUUCACUGCAGACGAAAUACAGACCGUCUACAAGAUCCUGGCUACUAUCUUGCAUCUGGGGAAUCUGAAGUUUGGAUGCGAUGGAGAUGUGACUCUCAUCGAAAACUCUAAGCUAGUAUCGGUGCUGGGUGAAUUGCUGUCCACCAAAGAUGAGAAUGUGGAGAAGGCCCUGCUGUACCGCACUGUGGCCACCGGUCGUGAUGUCAUUGACAAACAGCACACUGAUAAAGAGGCCAGUUAUGGUCGUGAUGCCUUGGCCAAGGCCAUUUACGAGCGUCUUUUCUGUUGGAUUGUGGGAAGAAUAAAUGACGUCAUUGAGGUAAAAAACUAUGAUGCUCGGGUUCAUGGAAAAAAUACCGUAAUUGGAGUUCUGGACAUCUACGGCUUUGAAAUCUUUCAAAACAAUAGCUUUGAACAGUUUUGUAUAAAUUACUGCAAUGAAAAACUGCAACAGCUCUUCAUUCAGUUGGUGUUGAAACAAGAGCAAGAGGAAUAUCAGAGAGAGGGAAUCCCCUGGAAACACAUCGACUACUUUAACAAUCAGAUCAUCGUGGAUCUGGUGGAACAACAACAUAAGGGCAUUUUUUCUGUUCUGGAUGAGGCGUGUAUGAAUGUGGGCAAAGUAACAGAUGAGAUGUUCCUGCAAGCGCUCAAUGGCAAGCUGGCAAAGCAUGCGCACUUCACCAGCCGCACGCUUUCCCCCACUGACAAAAAUCUGGAGUUUGACCGAGACUUCCGAAUCCGCCAUUAUGCAGGAGAUGUGGCUUACUCAGUCGUGGGCUUCAUUGACAAAAACAAAGACACCUUGUUUCAGGAUUUCAAGCGGAUGCUGUACAACAGCUCAAACCCUGUGCUGAAAACCAUGUGGCCUGAGGGCAAGUUGAGCAUCACAGAGGUCACCAAGCGACCCCUGACCGCUGCCACGCUCUUUAAAAACUCUAUGAUCUCUUUAGUGGAGAACCUUGCCAGCAAGGAGCCAUACUAUGUACGAUGCAUAAAGCCAAAUGAUGUUAAGUCCCCGCUUCUUUUCGAACCCGAGCGAUGCAAGCACCAAGUGGAGUACCUGGGCCUCCUGGAGAACGUUCGGGUGCGGCGAGCCGGCUUUGCCAACCGACAGACCUAUCCACGGUUUCUUCAGAGAUAUAAAAUGAUCUCAGAGUUUACCUGGCCCAACCAUGACCUGCCAUCAGAUAAGGAGGCAGUAAAACGUUUGCUACAGGGUUGUGGUUUCGAGCAUGACGUAGCUUAUGGCAAUACCAAAGUGUUCAUCCGCACCCCUCGAACCAUCUUCAGCCUGGAGGAGCAGAGAGCAGAGAUGGUAAAGAGGAUCGUCCUCUUUCUGCAGAAGGUGUGGCGCGGGACACUGGCCAGAAUGCGUUAUCGUCGUAUGCGUGCUUCCCUCAUCAUCAUCCGGGCAUAUAGGCGUUACAAAGUUAAAUCAUACAUCCAAGAGGUCAACCGGCGCUUCAAAAACGUACGUGGCAUGAAGGAUCAUGGCAAGCAUGUGAAGUGGCCCACACCUCCCAAAGUCCUGCGCAAGUUUGAAGAGGCCCUGAGGAACAUUUAUAACAGAUGGUGGGCCUGGACGCUCAUUAAAGACCUGUCUCCAGAGGAAAUGCUUCAGAUUAGGGCUAAAGUUGCCACAUUUGAGUGUUUGAAGGGACAGAGAGCUGAUCUUGGACUGCACAGGACAUGGGAAGGCAACUACCUGAAACGGGACAGUCCUGGGACAGCAUCUUCCUUUACUCUUGUGUCCAGCGAACUGCAGAGGAAAGAUAAGUUCAUGAGAGUCCUCUUCUCCUGCAAUGUCCGCAAAAUCAAUCGCUUUAAUAAGGCAGAGGACCGGGCUUUGCUCAUCACUGAUCGACAUCUCUACAAAAUGGAUCCAGUAAAGCAGUACAAGCCCAUGAAGAGCAUCCCACUCUAUAAUGUGACCGGAGUGAGCGUUUCCCCCGGGAAGGACCAGCUGGUUGUCUUCCAUACCAAAGACAACCGGGAUCUAAUCGUGUGCUUGCAGGGCAUGGUGCCAGCGGGGGACAGCCGCAUUGGAGAGCUGGUGGGGACCCUUCUCAGCCACUUCAAAAGUGAGAAGAGGAAGCUCCAGGUAAACAUCGUCACCCCCAUUCAUUGUAGUAUGAAUGGAAGAAAGUGCACUGUCGUCGUGGAAACCAAGAUCAACCAGUCACAUCCAGACUUCACCAAGAACCGAUCAGGAUAUAUUCUUUCAGUGCCAGGCAACUAGAGGAACGGGUACACACAGCACCUAUCAACAGGACAUAACUAGUCACUAGUCAAAACUUCUGAGUUGAAUCUCAGAAUCAAAGCCAUACUUUUUUGCCUGAUUAAAGGCAAGGUGGAAAUAUUGUAUUUUUUUUUUAAAGUAGAAAAGUUUCUAUUCCCUACAUUUUUUACUUUAGCUCAGAUGACAAUGACGUAAAAAGAUUUACCAUAAAAGAAAAUUAUGCGCUAUGCAGAGUUUCAAAAAUAUCAAACUCUUGUUUUGAUAUAUUCUAGAGUUUUUCCUUCAUAUUUUGGUUUUGAUAAGUAGUUUGUUUGAGAAAGAAUAGCCAAUUUAUUGCACAGAUCACAAGUUGAUCGUAGGUUGUUGGAUAUGUUGAUCAUAUCCAUAAACAUGUUAAACACUCUCGUAAUUUAAACUUUUCUGCAUGUAUCUGGACAUUUAUAGCACAGGCAAAUAUACUGUAGUUAUCAUAUUGGUUAUUGAAUUGUAGCUCAUAUAAUGUGUUGUAUACGCUAUAUAUGAACACAACGUAGUCGUAUUUAUCUUGAAGUAGAAUCAGACAGACAGGAACACAGAGCGGAGGCAAUUUCUAUUUUUUAUGAUGGUGGUUCCUUUAUCAACGACCCUCUCUAAGGACACACCAGGAGAAAGACAGAUGAGUCUUGAUCAGUCCUCCAAUCUGAUUCUUUGGCAUAUAGGAUUAUUUAGCAGUCUGUUUCUACUGCAAUGAUGAGAUGCUUUUAUGUUUACAAAGACUAAAUUUAAAGUAGCACAAAGCCAUUCUUUAUACGAGCCAAAAGGACAAGAAAAUGUGUGUUUGGCAUAAAAAACACAUAUUGUAAGACAAGAAGAGAUUCAUAUUGCCUCUAUCGACAGUAACACUGCUUGACCCAAUUUAAAACUUCCGGUACUGAUUGAAAAAGUGCCAAACUGAAAAACCGACUGCUGUUCAAUUUCUUAGCAGAUGUUUGCAUAAAUCUGUUGUUUAUCGAUAACUGCUUCAAUGUCCGUGGCUGGUAGCUACCCAUUUAUUAGCUAUUCGUUUCUCAUGGCCAAAAACAUCACAAAGCAUCAGUAGCGUCUGUGAUGUACCUCUGUGUGUGUAUGGUGAUUAAAAUGAGAGCUAAUGCAUCUGAAACAGCGAACCGCCAUCUUGUAACAGAAGAUGGGCUAUAUAAAAACCAGUGGAGACCAAUGAUUUCUUUUUUCGAGGGCGCUUGAUGCAAAGUUCGUCACAACAUGUAUGUAGCCCGUCAUGUGUGUGGUUCCUUUUUUCAAAAUAUGUGUUCUGCGCGUCGAGAGAUCCUGUGUGCAUCACGUGUCUUGUCAAAAUAAGUGCCUGCUGCAGACGCGUCUAAAGGGUUUAUGAUAAAAGAGACGCUCGCGUUUGCCAGAUACUCUCAUAAUCUCAUGCAUAAUCAGAGUUUACGGUUAAAGGAGUAUCUUGCGUGUAUUUUGUGAACGUGAGCGUAUCUUUUAUCAUAAACGGUUUUGACGCGUGUGCAGCAGGCACUUAUUUUGACAAAACACGCGAUUCACAUGUUCACAUGGCGAUUCACAUGUGUCAUUCACAUGACGCAGCAAACACAUAUUUUGAAACUCCGAACCCCUAAUUUGAAUUUGCGCCCCUGAUAAAAACUGGAAAAUGCAAGUUUGGUUUUUAUUCUUUCCCAUUUUCUGCACUAGCAUUUGUUUGUGUGCUGUGCUGCUCGCAUCUAAACUGAUUCCCAGCUUAAAAUGCUUUUGCAUAGGAAGCCCAUCUUGUUGCACAGUGCCACACUCCCUCUCUCUGCACACUGUAAUCCUUGAUCGCCCUGUCCCUGAAUUCUCUCUCUUGACUAUUAGCCUGGAUCACUGAAGUGUGUCAGUAAAAGCAGAAAAACACAAAGUGCUGCUGGGAAGAUAGUCAGACUAUGUACUGCCACAGGACAGACACACUGGCAGAUUCUUUCUUAUCGGUCAGAAAUUGUUGGUAGUCUCUUAAAACUUUGCCAGGAAGGUGAAGGUCAAAACAAUAAAUGUGUGUUGAUGUUGUUUUUUACUGUAAAAGGGUAUUUUAAAUAUUUCGAUACAUCAUUUGAGGCAUACAGAUGUAUGAAUGCUCUGUUUUACAGAAUUACAGGAAAUUGAUAAAUAGGACUUGUUUAGCUUUAGAUCAUACUUUUUCUGUCUUUUUUGUUCUCUGUUAUGGUUAUUUAAAAUUAUCGAUUCUUUCCUCUUGUCAUAAACACCACAAAUGCCAUUUAAAGGGAUAGUUCACCCAAAAAAUGAAAAUUUGGUCAUCAUUUUCUCACAAAAAAUUUUUGUUCUGAUGAAUACAAAGGAAGAUAUUUUAAGGAAUGU